CUGUUAUUCUGCAUCCGCUCAAUGGGUUCCAUCUCCAACCAAUAGACCCAUUUAAAUUUUACGCCUGCAAAGCACACCAUUGUUGCCUCCGGAAAAUGACAGUCCCUGAACCAAACGACCGGCUAUCGGUUUUUCUCAAAACCGGCAUUUACCAGUUCGAAGGCUCGAAAGCGGUGUUCAUCGACCCGGUUCGAAUCUUGACUCGGUCGUACACCCGGUUUAGGGUUUCACCGUCGGCUUAUUACUCCCGAUUCUUCAACUCCAUUGCCGACCACUCAACUGAAACUCACAAUAACUGUUCAAGAAAUUUGAAGAAACGAAAACGCAAUAAGAAGAAAGAGAAAUCGCACAAUCUCAACUCGCGUGAACAAAUCGCUGAUCAACGACAUCAGGAGGUGAGGUCUAUGUUAUUGAAGGCGCAUGAGGCGUUGCUAAAGUCAAGUGAGCUUUUGGAAAUUGUGAAGAAUUUGAGGAAUGUGGGGUGUGAUGAAGAGAGACAUGAGACCGAUGUGAUUUCACAAGAUAGUGAGCUUGAUUUUGUGGAGGUGGGGAGUGUUUGGCAAGCGCCACUCUAUGAGAUCACUCUUAAUUUUCCUAAGGAUGAAAUGAUUGUAAAAAGUGCAGGUUUCCCACCUUCUCAGUUCUGUAACCAAAGAAUUGUUCCAGUAUUUAACAACCUCGUUGCCAAUGAGGAGAGCAGUGACAUGGUGGCUGAAUUUUUGAACUGCAGAUAUAUUGUACCAAAGAAAAGUUGUUUCUACAUGUCUGAUCUUGGGAAGAUUCACAACUUGAUUCCUGCUGAAUCUGAUUGUGGCUUCAAUCUCAUAUUGAUCGAUCCACCUUGGGAGAAUAGCAGUGCACAUCAGAAACUGAAGUAUCGGACGUUGCCUAAUAGAUACUUCUUAUCUCUUCCCAUUAAGCAAUUAACCCAUACAGCUGGAUCUCUGGUAGCCUUAUGGGUAACUAAUAGGGAGAAAUUGCGGAGCUUUGUGGAGAAUGAAUUAUUCCCAAAAUGGGGUGUCAAAUAUGCUGCUACAUUUUACUGGCUGAAGGUGAAAGCGGAUGGCUUUUUGAUUAGUGAACUGGAUCUCUUUCAUCACAGGCCAUAUGAAUGUGUUAUCCUUGGUUAUUGUCAUCGGGAGGAUAUGAAUUCCCAACAUCCGCCGAUAUUGAACCAUGUACCAGAUGAUCAAGUCUUCAUCAGUGUUCCUGGAGAUUAUUCGAGGAAGCCCCCCAUUGGAGAGUUGCUGUUGGAAUAUGUACCAGGGUUUAGGCCUGCUCGCUGCAUUGAACUAUUCUCUCGAGAGAUGAUAGCAGGCUGGACUUCUUGGGGCAAUGAAGCCCUUCACUUUCAAGAUUUAAGAUAUUUCCUUAGGGAUAGAUAAGUGAUCCCUGCCAGAUGAAGCACUUUUUUUGAGAAGUCUGAAAUAUAUAUUACACACUUCGACAUUUGCUCUUGCUAGAUUUGGAGCCAAAAUCAGAUGCACAAGUGAAACCAGUUGCCAAAAUAGAUCCAGGAGCCAGGCUGAACUUGUGCCUACAUAACUGUUAACACUGCUUGCAUUGAUGCAAAUUACCAGAGCUGCUGAUAUAUAGUUUGAAUUUGUGCCUAUAGAACUGUUAACACUGCUUGCAUUUAUGCAAAUUACCGGAGUUGCUGAUACAUAAUUUGUACAAGGGUAGCUGGUAUAUUUGACCAGAAGACAUGCUUGAAAGAAUCAUUUCACCCUCAAUUCUACGAUCUUUGUAUACGUUAAGUUGCACAUGUUUGGGCUUUGAAAGAAUUCUGAAGGUUGAUCAAGAACGAAGGUUGCAAGUGGAGGAUCCUUAAAAGAGUGCAUUCACUAGGCGGGAUGGUGUACAAGACUACACCGGCUAUUACACUGAGUAUGUUUGGUACCAAGUAUUAGUUUGUACUCUAUAGAAAAAUAGACGUUAUUUUUAUUUCUUUUUCUUUGUAUUAUGAAGUUUUGCAUACCGAACAUGCCAACAUAAUCUGGCGUCAGUUGUUUAAUGCUAGAACAAUUCAUAAGGUAUUCCACGUUUGCUCU